AUGCCGUCCACCAACGAGAUCGCCAUCGCCGUAGGCAUCAUUGCCAUCCUCGCCAUCGUCGCCUACCUGGCCGGCAACAAGAAGGCUCCGGAGGGUCCCGUCCUCGACCAGGUCGAGUGGCGCCCCUUCAAGCUCGUCAAGAAGACGCCUCUCUCCCACAACACGGCUCGCUACCGCUUCGGCCUCCCCAAGGAGACUGAUGCCCUUGGCCUCCCCAUCGGCCAGCACAUUUCGAUCCAGGCCAACAUCAACGGCAAGAAUGUCAUGCGCUCGUACACCCCCACCUCGCUCGACGAUGACAAGGGACACUUCGAGCUGGUAGUCAAGACUAGGUGGACUGCCCACCAGACCUACGAGAAGGGCAACAUCUCGAAGCACCUUGCCGACCUCAAGGUCGGUGAGUCUAUCAUGGUCAAGGGCCCCAAGGGCAAGUUUGUCUACACCGAGGACCUUGCCCCCCACCUCCUCAUGAUCGCUGGUGGUACCGGUAUCACCCCCAUGUUCCAGAUUAUCAAGAGCUCGCUCAAGAACCCCGACGACAAGACCCAGCUCCGCCUUAUCUACGCCAACGUCAACGAGGACGACAUUCUCCUCCUUCCCGAGCUCAAGGCUCUCGAGGCCGGCUCGAACGGCCGUCUCGUCGUUUACCACGCCCUUAACAACCCCCCUGCCAACUGGACCCAGGGUGUCGGCUUUGUCUCGCAGGCCAUGAUCGAGAUGCACGCCCACGACGCUGGUGUCCAGGGCGGCGGCAAGGUCCUCCUCUGCGGCCCCCCUCCCAUGAUGGGCGCCAUGAAGGCCCACCUCGCCACCAUGGGCUACCCUGCCCCCCGCACCGUCUCCAAGCUCGAGGACCAGAUCUUCCUCUUCUAA